AUGUUUGCUUGUCUCUCUGCUUUUACUCUUCUGGCUUUGCCUCUCUUUGCAACUACCACCAUCUUUCCUCAGCAAGACACUUGUGCUUCUGGUACUGCAGUGUGCUGCAAUUCUCCCUCCUUCAGCAUUGUUCAGACCCUUUUGGGUCUCCUUGAGAUCAUCUUUGGCAGUGUCACCGGUAAUAUUGGUCUUAUCUGCAAUCUCAUUACUGUCAUUGGUGUUGGUGACACCAACUGCUCCAACCAAGCUGUCUGCUAUGAAAACAACAGCUUCAAUGGCAUUGUUGCCCUGGGCUGCAUUUCCAUCAAUGUUGGCCUCUAA